CGCGCCGGACCCGCAGGACUUCUCCUCCCAGCAGGCGCCCUGUCCUCCCGGGUCCCCGAGGCCGCCCCGCCGCGCUCCGGCGCUCGUCUGCUGCCACCCCGCCCCCAUGGCUUCACCGGACGACCCUCCGGGCGCAGAUCAUAUGGCAAAGGAGCCAGUGGAAGACACAGACCCUAGCACUUUAUCCUUUGACAUGUCAGACAAAUAUCCCAUUCAAGAUACGGGACUCCCUAAAGCUGAGGAGUGUGAUACAGUUACCUUGACCUGCCCACCAAAUUCUGAUAUGCAACAUCAGGGAGAAGAAAAUGGCUUUCCAGACAGUACUGGAGAUCCCCUUUCAGACAUCAGCAAGGACGAGUCCUGCAAAGAAAACUGCACUUGUUCCUCCUGCUCGCUCCGGGCUCCCACCAUAAGUGACUUGCUCAACGAUCAGGACUUGCUAGAUGUGAUCAGGAUAAAGCUGGAUCCGUGUCACCCCACGGUAAAGAACUGGAGGAAUUUCGCAAGCAAGUGGGGCAUGCCCUACGAUGAGCUGUGCUUCCUGGAGCAGCGGCCGCAGAGCCCCACCUUGGAGUUCUUGCUGCGGAACAGCCAGAGGACGGUGGGCCAGCUGAUGGAGCUCUGCAGGCUCUACCACAGGGCGGACGUGGAGAAGGUUCUGCGCAGGUGGGUGGAUGAGGAGUGGCCCAAGAGGGGGCGUGGAGACCACCCCAGGCACUUCUAGAGCUCCUCUUCUUCCUUCUUGUAGCCUCUUGGGACAUUGAGACAACCACAGGUCAAGGAAGAACGUGGAUCUGUUCUAAGAGUUUAGGAUAAGGACAUGGAACGGUGGACAUUGGUUUUCCCCAAACCUGGUGGUUUUGUGGAAGGGUAGGGUUUGUUUUGGUGGUGGAUAUUUGUUUAUUUUUGCACAUCUGUUUUAAUUUAAUCUUUGAAUCUGCAAUUUGGAAAAAAAAAUAUUUUGUGGGCUCAUAAAGGGGCCGAAGCAUACAAUCAGAAUGGAUUCAUGCCAUGAUCAAAAUAAAAUUAUGCUCUCCUUUAAAUACUGCUGAAGAUGUCAGUAGGACCUGGGCCUGUUCAUGGCCCCGGACAUACGUGCAUCAUCCUAUGUAAGAGCCUUCGUGAUCCAUGGCAUUCCCAUGACUUAGAAGGAAACAACAAGGAGAAAUUACCCUGUUUUGUUGGUUUGUUUACUCUUUUUGGUAUAAAGUGCUUUGGUUAAUUAACAAGCUGCUGGUGUUAUGUGGCAAUAUCCUUCAGAACACAUGCAUAUGCGCUGCUUUUUUUUAUUCAAAUACUUGUUACAAUCUGUGGACUACCAACAAUGUCAUUUGCUCGAGUAUUUUUAAAAGAAAUAUAAAAAUGGAUGGUUAUUAGAAGGACAGAGUCGGGAACUAGUGGGGUGACAUGGCCUUGGGAUUGGUGUCUGACAAAGAGAACACUCAAAACGCCCUUUUGUUACCCAGGACUCUUUUAAAAAAUCCGUUUAGUGCUGAGUGCUCCACCCCUGAGAUGAAACUCGGUUAAGAAAGAAAUAAAAUCCCAUGGACCAUUGGUGAAAUGUACCACCUCUGGCACCCACUGUCAGCUUCCAACAGAACCUUGUGACAUUACGAAGCAGUUUAGCCAAGAAGGAGGAAUCUUUAUGUUGUUGCUGGGCGGGUCAAAUCCAAAUUUUAAAGAUUUUAUUUUAUUUUAUUUUUUGAGACAGAGUCUCACUC